AUGAACGAUAUGGACGUCCCGAUGGAGGACGAGAUCAUCGCCUCAACCGAGUUCAACAAUGGCCCUGUGGACUAUGCACCCGAGUUUGUUAUACCAACCGAUGUUUUUGCAAACCCAAACAUGGCCCACCUACCAAAGAAUGCUCAAUUACCACCUUAUGAGGGUGCGUUGUCUAUGCGUACAACCUCACAUUAUGUGGAUGGCCGAUCAGACAAAACGGACAUCACACGAACCACUCUGCAUCGCCGUCCAAGCCCACAAGUCAGAAUACCGCCGAAACCAAGAUCACAGGCUCUGCCAUACGCAACGUUGAAAACGGGCUUAGUCUAUGAUCCUCGCAUGCGAUUUCAUGCGGAACUCCCCAACGAUUCUCGGGCAGAUGACAUACAUCCCGAAGAUCCGCGCCGUAUUCACUCAAUUUUCGAAGAGAUCCGGGAAGCUGGACUCGUGCGCGGCCCAGAGAGCUCAGAUAACGACGAACAUGAUGAAUAUUGUUGGAGAAUCGGGAUCCGGCCGGCCGAGGAACAUGAGAUUCUGACGAUUCAUACAAAGAAGCAUUAUGAUUUCGUUUCUUCUCUACAACACAUGUCUGUGGAGGAGUUGCAUGAGAAAGGAGAGGAGCUAGACUCAAUCUACUUCAACCACUCCACUUACGACUGUGCCAGACUAGCAGCAGGCGGCGCAAUUGAGGCCUGCAAAGCUGUCGUGCAAGGAUCUGUGCGCAAUGCGAUCGCUAUCAUUCGGCCACCAGGGCAUCACGCUGAGAGUGACCAACCUUCGGGGUUCUGCAUCUUCAACAAUGUCCCUAUCGCAACACGUGUUUGCCAAGAUGCGUAUCCUCAGACCUGUAGAAAGGUUCUGAUUCUCGAUUGGGACGUUCACCACGGUAACGGUAUCCAGCACGCAUUUUACAAUGACCCAAAUGUGCUCUACAUAUCGUUGCAUGUUUUCCGUGGCGGGAAUUUCUACCCAAACCUACCCGACGGCGACCUGAACUUCUGCGGAGAGGGUGAUGGUAUUGGUAAGAAUGUCAACAUACCAUGGGAUGAACAUGGCAUGGGUGAUGCCGAGUACCUCUGCGCCUUUCAAGAAGUUGUCAUGCCUAUAGCCAGCGAGUUCGAUCCGGACUUGGUGAUCAUUUCCGCUGGUUUCGAUGCUGCUGAAGGGGACGUACUCGGCGGCUGCUUUGUAACCCCAGCUUGCUACGGUCAUAUGACGCACAUGCUCUCGCGCUUAGCGAAGGGUAAGCUUGUAGCGUGUCUGGAAGGAGGCUACAACUUGCGCUCGAUCGCACGUUCUGCACUUGCGGUUACCAGAGUGUUAAUGCAGGAGCCCCCAGACCGACUGAGCGAAGACCUACCGGCACCUAAAGCUACUGCUGUCCGUACCAUCGAGCAGGUGAAGCGCCAGCACUCGAAAUACUGGAAAUGCUUGUAUCCGAAACACCUCGACCGGACCGACCCAGGAUUUGCCGCUACAGAUGCAUUGCACGAUGUCAUUAGAGAAUGGCAGAGCCAGCGUCUCGCUAGAGAGCAUGCCAUGAUACCCUUGCAGAUUAUUCAACCAGGACUCUCGCAGACCUUCGAGCACAACGUACUUGCAACGCCUGACAUCGUGGAGCGUAAGCCGCUUUUGGUCAUCUUUCAUGACCCUCCCAGCUUCCAGGAUCACGCAGACCCGGUCACUGGUCGAAGAGAGCUACACAACACGUGGCUUAACUACAUUGACUGGGCCAUAACGAACAACUUUUCCGUCAUCGACGUGAAUGUUCCUCAGAUUGUGGCUGUGGAGAGUGAAGAGUCGAAUUUGGGCUUCAUCAAAGCGGAUGACCAAAAGGCUCGGUCAGACAGAACUCGCGAAAUGGCUAACUACCUCUGGACCAACUAUAUUGAACCCAAUGAGGCGACACAGGUCUUCUUUAUGGGAAUAGGUGAUGCCUAUCUUGGCUUGGUUGACCUAUUAAGCCGCAAUGAAACUACUACCGAGAACGGCAGCAGGAUAGAGCUCAUCAUAGGAUUUGUGGCCGAUUCAGCUAUACAGUCCGUCAAGCGUCCUACAGACGACGACGUCGGCACAUGGUACUAUUACCACACCAAAAUCUUCGUGAAGCAAAGUCACUUCGCCUUCAAUCGCAAUACGACGAAGAAACUGCGUAGGAAGCUGGGAGAUCUUCAACAGUCAGAUUGGGACACAUUAGAUGAGAUGCUGGUCGGCCACCGAAAAGAAGUGCAGGACUUGUUAUUGGAGAAGAAGAGCGAGUUCGCGGAGGAAACCGAGAACUCUACUCCUACUGACGAUGAGCAGCAGGCGGCACUAAACGGCGGUUUUCGAAGCCCUCCUCGAGGCCUUGACACACAAGCGAUAAAUGCAAGGCACGCUAAUGGACUGCGGGGUUUACCACCUGUUGGUGUCUUCUCCAGUCCAGUGCCCAGAAGUCCCAGAAGCCCGAUGGGGAGGCCGUAUUGA